UCUGUGACUGUCACGAACAGUAUCACUGAUACCAGUCUUGGGCUUAUCCACCCCGCUGCCACGUUUCGAAGGGAAACAAGAAAUUCAAACGUGGGCUGGAUAUUAAUAACAACGAACUAUGGAGACUUGCGGACGAGCGAUGGUCCCCCCGCUGUCCUAUUUACGAUACGAGAACAAGCUCAGUCGAGUUUGCGCGAGUCGGUGCAUAAUGAAAAAAAAAAAACCCUUGAAUUAUUUCGCCCCCUUUUUGUAUUGCGAUCACCAACUGAUCUACGACCUCAAGGGCUCUGAACACAAUUACCGCAUCGAGGACCCACCAGGACGGACGAUGAAGCAUUCGGAGCAUCAGAUUUAUACCUACCCGUCCCCAUUCUUGACAUCUUGGUGUGCGUUGCUGCCAUGCGACGUCAGAAAUAGCAGACAGGUGACGCAGCCCAGGUGCACAGCCAGGAUGGCCUUUAGCAUCACUACCUAUCAUCUUGCAACGCUCGAAGGAACAAUACCCUUGUCUCAACUUCCGAUUAACGUACAAGCAAACAAUCUAUCUGUUGGGACUCGGACGCAUCUUGCCGCUUACGGUUUCGCGUGGCGCUCCCAGCUAGACUUCAAUGGGAGAUGAAGAAUCAGAAAAAGCAAGCAUCUCAUUCCACGGUCUUGUUGAGCCUAUGCUCAAUGAGUGACAGUUGCACCGCCACGCCCCAAUAUUAUUUUGUGGUAUGGAUGUCGCAGUGAGAUUCUGGCUCCUUACUUUUUCCCAUGCUCCCGUCACUGGGGCCAAAAU